AUGGUCCUCAUCGACAAGCAUUCGUACGAAUCCCGCGAGGAGCAACGACUCAAGGAAGAUCGCGAGCGAACUCGCUACUGGAAACGCUGGGGUCCCUACGUCGCUGAGAGACAAUGGGCUACUGUUGAACCAUCGCUGACGGAAUAUCUUUUUUUCUACACUUUCAGUGAGAAUGGAGAUGCUUGGAGCUACUUUUCCCACGACCAUGCGCGGUCCCGAACUUACCGCUGGGGUGAGGACGGUAUCGCCGGUGUGUCCGAUACCCACAGCUUGCAAAACAUCGCUUUUGCUUUUUGGAACGGCAAAGACGACUUCUUGAAGGAGCGUCUGUUCGGUUUGUCCAAUCCCCAGGGAAACCACGGCGAGAGUGUCAAGGAGGCCCAUUUCCACCUCGAUAACACUCCGACACACUCUUACAUGAAAUUCCUCUACAAGUACCCCCAGAAGAAGUUCCCCUACCAGGAGCUUGCUGAGGAGAACGCACGACGCGGUAAAAGUGACCGCGAGUACCAGAUCCUCGAUACUGAUGCCUUCGAUGAGAACCGUUACUGGGAUAUCUUCAUUGAGACUGCGAAAGAGGACGACGAUGAGGAAGAACUCUUGUUCCGCAUUAUCGCCUACAAUCGAGGCCCUGAGCCAGCACACUUGCACAUCAUCCCGCAUGUGUGGUUCCGCAACACCUGGUCAUGGGGGUAUGAGGAGAAGAACGAGAAGCCGUCCGUGGAGAAAGCUUAUCCUCUGAUCGCGAAGACCAAACACCACAAACUCGGCGAGCGCUAUGUCCGGUUCUCUCCUUCUCCGUCUGUGACUGGGGAGGAAGAUGUGGUUCCUAAGCUGCUGUUCACCGAGAACGAGACCAAUAACGAAUUUCUUUGGAACACCAAGAAUGAUCAGCCCUACGUCAAGGACGCCUUUCAUCGUCACAUUAUCAACGGUGAGAAGGGUGCAGUCAAUCCCGAUAACAAGGGUACCAAGUUUGCCGCCUGGUAUGCCUUUGAUGAGGGCGAGGGUGUUCCUCCCGGCGAAUGCGUGGUCGUUCGUUUCCGGUUCUCUCGGCGCCUGGAACCGUUCAUCGACGAAGAAGUGCUGGAUGAUGUGAUCGACCAGCGCAGAAAUGAGGCCGAUGACUUUUACUACCAUAUCAGUCCUUUGCCCAUGAGCGAUGACUUGCGGAACAUUCAGCGGCAAGCUUUCUCCGGAAUGAUGUGGAACAAGCAGUUUUACCAUUUCGUCUGGGACCAGUGGGCUAAUGGCGAUCCUGCGAUGAUCCCACCUCCUCCCGGUAGGAAGCACGUUCGAAACCAACAGUGGAAACACUUGUACAUGGAGGAUAUCCUUUCGAUGCCCGAUUCGUGGGAAUACCCAUUCUUCGCUGCGUGGGAUACUGCGUUCCACUGCAUUCCACUUGCAAUGAUCGACCCGGAAUUUGCGAAAAAGCAGCUGGACAUCCUCACUCGCGAGUGGUACAUGCAUCCCAACGGUCAGCUGGCAGCCUACGAGUGGAACUUUGGUGAUGUGAACCCUCCUGUUCAUGCUUGGGCUACGUUCCGAGUCUUCAAGAUUGAGCGUAAGAUGUAUGGACGGCAGGACCUUGAUUUCUUGGAGCGGGUGUUCCAGAAGCUGUUGCUAAACUUCACAUGGUGGGUCAACCGAAAGGAUUCAGACGGUAAGAACGUCUUUGAGGGCGGCUUUUUGGGGCUGGACAACAUCGGCCUCUUCAACCGCUCCGAGCCUCUCCCCACCGGCGGUGUGCUGGAGCAGGCCGAUAGCACAGGGUGGAUGGCCUUCUACUGCUUGUGCAUGUUGAACAUCGCGUUGGAGCUGGCCAAGCAUCGGAGAAUUUACGAAGACAUUGCCUCCAAAUUCUUCGAGCACUUCAUUCUGAUUAGUGAUGCCAUGACUUUCCGGUCAGGAGGUCAGGAAUCGUCCCUCUGGAACGAGGAAGAUGGUUUCUAUUACGAUGCGAUCUCCUACGGUGACCCAUGGACCCAGCAGCUACCUGUGCGGUCUUUGGUCGGCUUGAUCCCUCUUUAUGCCGUCCUCACACUUGAGCCAGAGUUGAUCAACAAGUUCCCAUCUUUCAAGAAGCGUUUGGAAUGGUUCGUUGAGAACCGCCAAGAUGUGGCCGAGCGCAACAUUGCAAGCAUGAAGCACCGCGGCAAAGACGAGCGACUUCUUCUAGCGUUGGUGAGCAAGGACCGCCUGGAGAAAAUUCUCAAGCGCAUGCUGGACGAGACCGAGUUUCUGUCGGAGCACGGCAUUCGAUCGAUGUCCAAGUAUCAUGGAGAACACCCCUAUUCGAUGGAUGUCAACGGUCAGACAUUCCGAGUCAGCUAUGUUCCAGGAGACUCCGACAGUGGGCUGUUCGGAGGUAACAGCAACUGGCGCGGGCCGAUCUGGUUGUGUGUCAACUUCCUGCUCAUCGAGUCUUUGCUACGCUUCUACAUGUUCUAUGGCGAUUCGUUCAAGAUCGAGUGUCCCACAGGCUCCGGCGAGUACAUGCAUCUCGGACACAUUGCCGAAGAGAUUCAGCACCGGCUGCAGCACCUGUUCGCCCGCAACGACGAAGGCCGCCGGGCGGUACACAACGGAUCCGACCUCCUCGACUUUGACGAGCACUGGAAGGACUAUAUGUGGUUCCAUGAGUUCUUCGACGGAGACACCGGCCGUGGUCUUGGAGCGUCUCACCAGUGCGGAUGGACUGGACUCAUUGCCAAGGUCAUCCACGAUACAGGGUUUGUCACACGUCAUAUUUCUGUCUGUCUAUUGUUCCUGGCUAACAGUGCUAUUAGUAUCAACUGCCGUCUCCCACAAACCCCCCGCACUCCCCACGCAGCAGCCUCGCACUACUUCGACGACGUCUUCACUCGAUUCUCUCGCCCACGCGGCAGCCGUCGUCCCAGCGUUCGCCGCUCUUCCACGACCCGCUCAAUCGGCAACCGCAGCGACUUCGAGUCCACUCUCUCUGGACGCGAGACCCCGGCUCCUGAGACUGCCCUCGACGAGGACGACAACAACCGGAAAGUCGACACCGACCUCCAAAACGAGCAUGUUCACAAAUAUGUGGAGAGUCAGCUGCAGCGCGUAAGAAGCCAAGCUUCGAUUGGAGCGUACGAGGAUGAAUUUGAGGCGCAGGCAGACCGCGCCCCCAACGGGCAUUGA